AUGGCCAAAUCUCUGCACGCAGUCAUGCUGCCAUUCCCUGUACAAGGGGGUAUCAAUCCUCUAAUCCAAUUGGCCCACCUGCUCUCCCAAAGGGAAUUUUUCAUUACCUUCGUUAACACAGAGUGGUGCCACCGGCGCAAGUUUGAUACAGGUGGAUAUGCUCUUCAGCAAGCAGCUGAGGGCUUUAGGUUUUUGACCAUCCCGGACGGCUUACCGGCAGAGCAUGGUCGUCUUACUGAUCAUCUGGCCCUAAAUCUCCGAGUGUCCAGAGUUGUCUUCUGGACGAUUUGUGCGGCCUUGUCUAUUUCUCAGUUCAAAGCAGAGUUAUCUUUCUCUCGGGGACACAUUCCUGUGAAAUUGGGAGAAGCAAAGAGACCGGAGAAUGUGAUUACCUGUUUGCCAGGAGAUUACGUGCUGGUGAACACGGUGGAGGAGUUGGAAGGGAGGGAAGCAGUAGAAGCGCUGUCUAUAAACGGGUGUCCUGCUGUGGCUGUGGGUCCUCUGUUUCUUCCCAAUUUUCUUGCGCAAAGAGCUGUCGUUCGGUCCACAAGAAUCUCCUCUCUCAAAUCGAGCCAACAGCUGAAAGAAAUUGCUCUGGGUUUGGAGAACAGCCAGCAGCCUUUUCUGUGGGUUUUGCGAAAGGAUAUUGCACAAGGGGAGCCUGGUGUUUUACCCCAAGGGUUUAUAGAACGGAUCAGAGAUAGAGGGCUGAUUGUGAGAUGGGCACCGCAUGUGAAGGUGUUGUCCCAUCCUUCCGUUAGGGCAUUUCUUACCCACAGCGGAUGGAACUCUGUCAUGGAGAGCUUCAGCUUCGGAGUUCCUAUGCUGGGAUGGCCAUAUCAUAUGGAUCAGUUUCUCAAUUGCAGAUUUGUGAAGGAUGUGUUGAAGAUUGGGAUGGACUUUGAGGGUGUGGAUGUUGAUGAACACAAGUUGGUUAGUAGAGAAGAGGUGGAGAAGGGGGUAAGAAGCAUGAUGGAUUGUGAAGAGGUGAGGCAACGGGUGUUGAAAUUGAAGGAGACAUCAAUUAAAGCAGUUAACCAAGGUGGAUCUUCUUUCCUCAACUUAAACAAGUUUAUCCAAGAGAUUACCCAAAUUGCGAAAUCAUUUGACCCUUGA